CUCGGUGUUUUUUGGUACCCUUUUCGUCGUUGUUUCCUCCUUCCCUUCUAUCCUCUCAUCCCCUCUUCCCUUUAAUAAGAGGCUUCUUUUCUGAUAAUUCUUUGCUUUGUUCAUAUUUUCCCUUCAAAAUUCAGAGAUCUUGCAGAUCUGAUUUUCAAAAAUCAAAAAUUAAAGGCAAAUAUCAAGAGAUUUCGAAGAAAAACAAGAAAAGAUGGCGGAGGAACAUAGAUGCCAAGCGCCGGAAGGUCACCGUCUUUGUGUUAAUAACUGUGGUUUCUUAGGAAGUCCGGCGACGAUGAAUCUUUGUUCUAAAUGUUACAGAGAUUUCCGUCUUAAAGAACAACAACAAGCUUCUUCGGCUAAAUCGUCUAUCUCUACCUCUCCUUCAUCUUCGUCAACGGCAGUCGAAUCUGUUUCUCAGGUACCUCUCCUGACUCUCCCUCAAGUCAAAGGAGUUCCGCCGGUUGUUUCGGCUGUCGCGAUCUCUCCGGUGACGGAACAGAAACCACAACAGCAACAGCAACAACAACAACAACAACAACCGACUCGGUGCACGGUUUGCAGGAAACGGGUCGGGUUGACCGGAUUCAAGUGCAAGUGCGGGAUUACGUUUUGCGGGUCACACAGGUACCCGGAAAAUCAUGGAUGCACGUUCGAUUUCAAGAAGAUUGGGCGAGAGGAGAUUGCACGUGCCAAUCCCGUGGUCAAAGCGGAGAAGAUCGUGAGGAUUUGAGAAGAAGAAGAUGGAAAGCCGAUUGAUCCUUUGACUUUUAAUGAGUAAAAGAAAAAGAGAAAUAGAAAUUGUCAAACUCGUUAAGAUUGCGACACGUGUUUCGGUGUUGGUCCCCAUACCUUUAAAAAUUGGGCUUGGAUAAAAAUAUUUUAUCUUAUAAAAUAAGUCUUCUAUUUUUAUUA